CACACAACACGUGUGCGCCUGCGCAGUGAGGAUCAAGCAGGCUUGUCCUUCAGUAGCAGCUUUAGCUACAUCACCAGCUAGCCUUCAAUCAAGCUCCUUCUCUGCGCACCUGCAGUAACAGCAACGUUACGUUAAAGGAAAACAACACCUCUGUGGACCAUGGCUGCAAGGAUACUGCCCGUAGUGAAACUGAUCACCAAGGUGACCAUUGCAGGAGGAGCUCUCUACGUCGCCUAUGACUCUGGUCUGUUGGGAAGCAGUGAGCAGGGCUCAGUGGCCCUGGGGAAGGCCAAGGCAGCUAUACCCCCUGCCAUAGAGGAAUGGAUGAAGUACUUUGGCCUGGAGGCUCAGCUUCCAACCAUGCCUAAGAUUGAAUUCGCUCCUGUUCAGGCGUGGAACUCUGGGGUGCGGCAGUCAAUCUCAGCUCUUUCAGAGGCUCCAACAAAAGCAACUGGAUACACAAAUCAGGGUUUGCAGUACCUGAAAGACCUCACCAAGUGAACAGGAACUCUCUGGACAACCUGACAUUUAUCUAUCUUUUUGAGUUUUGCACUUGAGAAAUGACAUUACUUCUUCAAAAGUUGUAGCCCCUCCCAGGAGAGAAGAAACACCCAACACGAAAGAAAACAGACAAAAACAAGUUGUGAAAUUCAGCUGCAUGGAGUGCAGUCAUCUGAAUGGGUUCUGUGGUUCUCUAAAUUAUAGUGGCAUUGGUCGGGAGUUGUGUUGUACAUAAUGCUAGGAAGCAAAAUGUAAUUUUAAAGAAAGUUGUUCUUUCAUUUUGUGUAUACCACCAAAUUUAAAUUUUGUCAGUACUUUCUCCCCUUUGUUCUCAAACCACCCAAAUAAUGUUCUGAAGAGAAUGUCUGUUGUGUAUAUAUGCAGUUUCACCACUUGUGACUAAAUAAUACAUCAAUCUUAAAACACA